GCCUCUGAGCAUUGUCGUUCUUUCUGCAAUCUGCCAAUUUCCCAACGGAUGGACCACCACAGAACAUUUUAAAGCACCAACGUUUUCCUCUGUUUUUGGACCUCCAGCUAGUGGGGGCUUCACUCCGGGUCAGAGGUGGUUCUCAGCCCCUGAACUCAGCCAUGAAGUCCCGUCCAGGAGCUGCGGCCGUGCUGCUGCCCAUCGCUCUCUGCCUCAGUUUGGCUCCAGUGUGUUUGGGCGCUGCCAUCCCCGCUGCGUGUGGAACCAUCUACAAGAGCUUCGCUCAGUGUCUCAUCUCACUCGGGGACAGUUUGGCGGAAACACAAAAAGACCAGAACACACAGGACAUCGACUCAAUCUGCAGGUCCUGGAAUACUUUCCAUGUCUGUGCCGGCACCGCCCUGGCCGGCUGUCCAGGAGAAGCAGCAGCUAUCUGGGAGUCUCUGAGACAAGAGUCCAGGAAGGCCCAGUUUUCCGGAAACCUCUAUGACAUGUGCGCCAGCCGGACCACUCUCCCCCCGAGCACUCUGCCUGCACCCGACAGCUCUGCCACCUCGGACCAGACGAACAAGGAGACUCUGAAGGGCCAUGCACACAAACACGGCUCCGCCAGCAUCUCAGUGCUGCUGCCUGUGUGCAGCAUGCUGCUGCUGCUGUCCCUCAAGAGUUAGUCACCCCAAACAGAGACACUCACACAGCAAAGACUCAACAAGCUGCAGGCUUUUAAACUGGAGAUGCCACCGUGAGAGGCUGGGUGAUUGUUGUCCGGAGUGAAUGCCUGCAGCAAAGCUUCUGGUUAAAUGUUUAUAGAUAUAAAAGUUUUUAUCUGACUGAUGGUAGCUGCUCCACCUACUGUGCAGUUCACAGUGGAGAAGAUUUCAGAACAUUCAAUUCUGAAAAAGUUUAAUUUAAUUUACUGGAUUUGUUCUGGUUCAUUUAAGAUGGGGGCAUUUUUGAUACUGGGCAGAAGUCUUGGGUCUCUUAGUUUCUUUAUAUUUCUCAGAAAUUGACUUAGUCAUUUUUGCAAUCUUUUUAAAGAUGCCUAGGGAAUUGUUUUCCAAGUAUUUUGUGUUUUGUUUUAAGCCUCUUAUGAAAAAAUACCCCAUGACACAGAGAAUUACAUUUUAACAUCUCCUUAGAAUAGAAAAUAAAAUAAUAUAAAUGUCCUUUAUUGUUCCUCCAGGGGGGAAAUUCAGGUGUACCAGCAGCAAUGUGACAGGCAGGUCGAAUAAUGCAGAAUUACACAAAAAUAAAAAUAUAAAAGUAGAACUAGCAAUAACAUACUGUACAGCAAAGGCUAAUUUACAAAAUAAGAAAAAACUGUAGAGUUAAUAAAAACCA